AUGCUCGCUGCGGUGUUCGGCUACCUUCGUCCACCCGCCGUCACUGCUUUCCUUCCCUCGCCAUCCGUCUCUUUGGGGUCCACACAGCAUCCUUCCAUCCCGAUCGACGCCGGUGCUCUCACAGCGCAUCCUCUGUUUGGCAAACUUUCGUUUCAGUUCGCGUCGCUUCACGCAUCGCGCCCGCCCUCGUUCGUUCUACAAGCCCGAUCGUCGCUCGUUCAUUCUCCAGUACCCUACCAUUGCGUCGCAUUUCUUCCUUGUCGACCCGCCAAGUCCCUCACACCCAGGCAUACCCCUCGUCUCUCACCUAGCUCGCCCUCCUUUGCCAUCAUGUCCGCUCCCGGCAGCUCCACGCUUCGCAAGAAGAGAAAGAUCGCCGUCCUUGGCUCGCGCUCCGUCGGCAAGUCGUCGCUGAUCGUGCGCUAUGUCGAGGACGCAUUCGUCGACUCGUACUACCCAACCAUCGAGAACAUCUUCCAGAAGACCAUCACGCACAAGGGCCAGGAAUACGACUGCGACAUCAUCGACACCGCAGGCCAGGACGAGUACUCGAUCCUCAACUCCAAACACGCCAUCGGCAUCCACGGCUACAUGCUCGUCUACAGCAUCGCCUCGCGCAACAGCUUCGACAUGGUACAGACCGUCCACGACAAGAUCCUCAAUUAUACCGGUACCGAGUCCGUGCCUUGCGUCAUCGUCGGCCAAAAGAGCGAUCUUCACGUACAGCGUCAGGUGUCCGAGGCCGAAGGCAAACAGCUCGCCUCGCAGCUCAAGGCCGCCUGGAUCGAGGUCAGCGCGCGUCACAACGCAAACGUCGCAAAGGCCUUCGAGGCCAUGCUCGGCGAGACCGAGCAGGGCACCCAGGAGGGCGGUCCCGAGCCACAACCGUCCAAGUGCAUCGUCAUGUGA